CAGGACGAUUUUCAGACAUGAAACGAUUUUACGCGUUGUACGCAGUCUUUGUCCCGAUCACUGCAGGAGUGGUGCUGUUGUGGCUUGUGGACGAUGUGUUUUCCGCCGACUCCGCUGCUCCGCCGCCGACCACCGCCACUGUCUCCUCGGCCGUGGCCAGCGCUUCCUCCGCCAUCGCCACCGCGUCUUCGGCCAUCGCCACCGCUUCGUCGGCCAUCGCCACUGCGUCUUCGGCCAUCGCAACCGCCUCCUCGGCUAUCGCCACUGACCCGUCGGCCGCCGCAGUGGACACGAUCGCUUGCGACAAUGAUACCGCCGACCUGUGCAACACCGCGGCCGCCGCCACUUCCGCCAAAAACAGAAACGACGACGAUUGCAGUACGGUCGCGUCUGCUCUGAGGAUCGGACACGGUGCGGACGAGUCGCCGGUCGCGCGGGUCCACGACGACCGCGGACGAACGGACCGAAGUCUCGACGCGAAUCCUCACCGCCGCGCCGACGAAUACGGCUUAAUCGACGUCCGACCGAGGACGGCCGGCGUGAAAAUGAUCGAGCAAAUCAUAUUGACCGCCGCGAGCAUGUUUUUCGAAAAACUGGAAUUGGCCGUGUACAUGUCGCUGUACAAACUCAAAGUUAUCUACACCACGUUGAUAUCACCGGUGUUACAUAGUUUUUAG